AUGAAGCUCAUUCUGUCUAUUCUCGCAUUCGUUCUGGUUUCUGUUGAAGCUCAGAAUGUUUCUUGUAACUAUACUCCAUCAUCAAAAUCUGUCAUCAUCGACAUCAUUCCCAUAAAGGACCUCCGCACUUUUGGAGAACAAACUAACAGAGAGAAUUGGUGUGUUGGUCACUGUGCCGAUUGUAAUUCUGUUAGAGCACAAAGUGUGUUCAACUUCGCAAAUCAGCAAGUUUUGGCUCAGAAACGUGUAGUCAUCCAACAAUCUGACGAUUACAGUUACUGCCAAGAUCAAAGCAUUUCUGAUAUUGUGGAGACUGCAGUUAACAACUACAAUACCAUUGAUGAGAUGACCUCAUACCUGAAACAACAUUUGAACAAAGCCGGGUGGGCAUAUCUAUUCAUGGAGCAAUCUCACACAACUGGUACAGUUUCGACUGUACUUCCUGUGGAUAAGAACUUUUGCUAUAUGCAAUUAAGCAAGUUCGUUCCUGGCUCAGCAGAUCGUAGAUUCGGGCUGUACUCUGGCUUAGUCAAAGCUUGA